AUACUAAAAAAUUCUAUGCAUUUUAGAACACUAAAAUAAAGAAACAUGGAAAAUGCUCUCUAGUACUUUGGUUCCCAUUAAAGCUAAGCUGUAAUGGAAUCACUUGCCUGAGUAGACCUUGACAUGGAUUUCUCAUCUACUACAUGGAUGGACUUGGAACUCUUUUAUUUUCCUAUAAAUUUUUAAUUUAUAAGCCAUUUUUCUUAAAGUUUUACCAGUUCCCCUUCCCAUUGAACCUGAGUUCUUGUAGCUUUUUGGUUUUUUGGUUGGUUGGUUGGUUGGUUGGUUGGUUGGUUGGUUUUUCGAGACAGGGUUUCUCUGUGUAGCCGUACCUGUCCUGGAACUCAUUCUGUAAACCAGGCCGGCCUCGAACUCACACAGACCUGCCUUUUUUUGUCUCCCAAGCACUGGGAUUAAAGGUGUACGCUGCCACCGCCUGGUUUCUCUUAGCUGGUUUUUAAUGCAAAGCAAGCACUCUCUAGAUGUAGCUGCUGAUUAUUGGUUUCUAAAAACAUUUAUUAUUGGGGCUGGAGAAAUGGCUCAGCAGUUAAGAGGACCCAGGUUUGGUUUUCAUCACCCACACAGCAGCUCACAACUGCCUUUAACUCCAGUUGCAGGGGAUCUGUCACCCUCUUCUGACUUUCAUGGGCACCAGACGUGCAGAUGAAACAUGCGCAUAAAAUUGAAAUAAACCUUAUAAAAAUACUUUUUAUUGUGAGGCAGACAUGUGGAAGUCAGAAGACACCUGUGGCUUCAGCUCUCUCCUUCCCCCUUUCUCAUGGUUUCUGGAGAUUGAACACAGGUUGUCAGGCUUGUCGGGUGAGCACACCGAGCCACUUUGCCAGGCACUUUUUUCUGGGGUGGUGAGGUGGGUGGAGGAUCUCACUAUGUAACAUUAACUGGUCAGGAACUCAUUAUGUAGACCAGGCUGUCCCCAGACUCACAGAGCUUGAUCCUCCUCUGCCUCCCAAGUGCUGGGACUAAAGGCAUGCACUACCAUGCCGGCAUCCAGAUAUCAUUCUUUAAUGACAGCGUCUGUAAAGGCUGACAUCAGACUAUGUGACUGUGCUGCCAACACCUUGAUCUUCCUUCAUGGGUGUCGCUGCAGCUCCUGCUGGACUAGCACCUUGGCCCUCCCUUGACGUGCGCAGUUGGUGGGGGUAUCCUGUACAGCUAGACCAGUUUUAAUAGAUUGAAGGGAGGUCUGUUUACGUUCCUGUCUGCACUCUGCCCACUCUUUAACUAACAUAGAGGUCAUUCAGAACCUCUUUGAGUGCCUGAUGUAUACUUGCAUCUAUCACAUAAUGCUCUUUGCACUAGAUGUAGGUCUCAACCUAUGGGUCACAACCCCUUUGGGAGUCAAACAAUCUUUUCCCAGGGAUCACAAAUCAGUUGUCCUGCAUGCCAUAUAUUUACAUUACAAUUCAUAACAGUAGCAAAAUUGCAGUUUGAAGUAACAAAAAAAUAGGUUGGGGGUCACCACAACAUGAGGAACUGUAUUAGAGGGUCGCAGCAUUAGGAAGGUUGAGAACCACUGACCUAGAUAAAGCUGAGUUGUAACACACUGGAAGAGGCCUACAGAGAUGACUUCAGGAGUCAUAGCUCAGAGCCAGGCAUCAUCCUGUCUUCCAGAUGUCGACAGUUUCUUGAUGUGCAGCUCUCUGUGACAUUACACUUGUCAAAUGGUGCAGCUGUUCCAGGGGAUAUAACUGGAGUCUUGGAGGUUCUUGCUUGCUUUGUUGAUUUUUUUUUUUUUAGUGUACAAAUUUAUAGUGAUUAGCAUGGUCCCAAUAUUGUACAGCCACCCCCUUUAUCUAGUUCUAAAAUAUUUCAUCACCUCAAAGAAAAUCAUGGGCCCAUAAGCACUUCCCAGCUCCCCCCUCCUCUUCAGCCCCUGGUAUCCACUAACCUCCAGAUGCAUAUUCUGCACAUUGCAUAUAGCAUAUAACAUUUUCUGUAAUAUGUGGCCCUUUGUGUCUGGCUUGUUUGGCUGAGCACAGUGUUUUUGAGAUUCACUCACAUUGUGGCAUUUGUUGCUGUUUCAUUCCUUUUUAUGAUUGAGUGAUACUCUCUUACAUAUCCCAAAGUUAGUUUUAUAGCUAUGGCAAAAGUGUCGAUUCUAGCACUAAGGGCUAUUUCACAGUAAAGAUACCACGUCUAUUCUUAAUAGAGGGCAUGUCAGAUUUGUCUUUCUCUUAAGGCUUUUUAAGUAGCCAGUCUUCCCAUAGGGAGAUUGUCAGAUUCAUAAAAAGAUACUGUCUCCUUCAGUUGUCAGAUAACUAGGAGAGUGUAUAAGAUCUGUCCUAAUUUAAAUUUGAUCUUAGCCAAGAAUGUACCUUGGAUUCUUUGUCUAUUGUUUUCAAAGGCUCAGUUUUAAGGAAUAGUGUGCAGAAUAUAUUCCCCCCAAACCUAUAUUGGAGCAGCCGAUUAGAGCCAACAAGCCAGGCCUGUAUAAAGUUUUAUUUGCAUGUACAUAGUGUCUGAGCCAUUGACCUUUACUCUUCAAUGCUGAGUAUGUGUGAAAGACUAUAUGACUACAGCUUGCAGUAUUCACUGUCUAUGCCUUUGUCUCAGGAACCCCAUGUAUUUGUAGUAUAUAAUAGUGGUCAUCAGAAUUUACCAUGUCAGGAAUUUACAUUUCAGAAUAAACAUAUUUUAGACUUUGUAAAGAGAUGGCUCAGCUGUCAAGAAUACCUGGCUGCUCUUCCAGAGGACCAGGGAUCGAUUCCCAGCACUCACAUGGCAGCUCACAGUCAUCUGGAACUCCAGUCUUGAGGUAUUCCACACCCUCUGCUGGCCACCAUGGAUACUGCACACACAGUGCACAGGUAUAAAGCAGGCAAAACACUCAUACACAUGAAAAUAAUAAAUAAAAUUUACAAAAUCUUCUAAAGAAUUUGCAGCUGGGAAGUGGUGGCACACGUCUUCAAUCCCAGCACUCAGAGAGAGGCAGACCUCUGUGAGUUCAAGACCAACCUGGUCUACAGAGUGAGUUCUAGAAUAGCCAGGACUACACAGAGAGGCCCUUUCUGGGGAUGGAGGUUGCAAUAGUGAACCCAUUUUUCCCCCUUACAUCUAUGAAAAUAUCUUACUGUCCAGCAUCAUAAAAGGUAAGUUCUUGUGCUCACCUUGGCAUCACAUAUACUCAAAUUGGAACCAUACAGAGAAGAUUGGGAUGGCCACUGUGCAAGGAUGGCACAUGAAAUGUUCUGUAUUUUUUUUAAAAAGGUUUUGAUCUUUGUGUGUUCAUCCUCUUUUUAUAUCACAAAUAAUUGUGGAGUGCCUAGAGGCCUCUCCUGCAUACUCAGUGAGAAGAAGAGCAUGAGACUGGUGACAUUCUAGAGGCUUAGGAAGACUGUUUGGUCAUUGUGAGCCCCCAUAAGGUCUCAGCACCCAGGAGCUGCAGUGCCUCCUCAAGCGUGCUGUAUUUGACUGCAUCGUCUUCUUCUGCCGGGUCAGCACACGAGUGUUUUGACACAAGCAUGCGGUUUGCAUUAGGACUCUGGGAUGUGCUCUGUUUUCUGUUGUUGAUAUUUACAUCCUCACAGGGGGCAUUGCACCUGCCUUACUUCAUAAGGGGCUAUGAGGACCGUUUCCCUCAGGAUUGAGGCCAGGAGCACAGAACUAUGUUGGAUCCGUUGGUAGAUUUUUACAUGUGACUACAAGAGAUUUUCUUCACCUAAUCGGGUUUUCUUCUUUGCUGUGGCAGCUAGGAGGCUUGGAGCCUGCUUUUCAGCCCCUUUUCAACUCUGGUACAUGCAUAAACUUAAAUCAACUCAGAAGGACAAAGUCCGCCAGUUCAUGGCAUGCACCCAGGCUAGCGAGAAAACUGCUGUCUACUGCCUGACACAGAAUGAGUGGAAACUAGACGAGGCUACAGACAGCUUCUUCCAAAACCCAGAGGCGUUCCACCGAGAGUCUAUGAAGAGCACUGUGGACCAGAAGAAGCUGGAGCAGCUGUAUGGAAGGUACAAAGACCCACAGGAUGAAAACAAAAUCGGAGUUGAUGGGAUUCAGCAGUUCUGUGAUGAUCUGAACCUGGACCCUGCCAGUAUUAGUGUUUUGGUCAUAGCGUGGAAGUUCAGGGCUGCCACUCAAUGUGAAUUUAGCAAAAAGGAAUUUGUGGAUGGCAUGACAGAGCUGGGGUGUGAUAGCACAGAGAAACUGAAAGCUCUUCUUCCCAAGCUGGAGCAAGAGCUUAAGGACUCAGCCAAGUUUAAAGACUUUUACCAGUUCACCUUUACCUUCGCUAAGAACCCUGGGCAAAAGGGUUUAGAUUUAGAAAUGGCAGUUGCGUAUUGGAAGUUAGUAUUGUCUGGAAGGUUUAAAUUUUUAGAUCUUUGGAACACAUUUCUGUUGGAGCAUCACAAAAGAUCAAUUCCAAGGGAUACUUGGAACCUUCUCCUAGAUUUUGGAAACAUGAUUGCAGAUGAUUUGUCUAACUACGAUGAAGAAGGAGCCUGGCCUGUCCUUAUAGAUGACUUUGUAGAAUAUGCACGACCAGUGGUCACAGGUGGGAAACGUGGCCCUUUCUAAGUGAAAAAUCAGACAGAAGGAGGGUAAGAGAAGAUGGACCCCGACAGGAGACAGCUGGGUUGGGUGCUGUGUGCGUUUGUUGCUGACUUCAGAAGUCUUCCUCGUCCAUUCAUGAAACAAAUCCCUACCCCGCUUAAGGCUGCAGUGGCUGACGUGGAGAAACAGAGAAGCUCCUCGGGAUGCUAGGGAUGUGUCAUCAGAGCUAUUGCUUUAGGAGACGCCUGCAUGACUUGUCUUUACAGAAAGCAACAUAGAACCUGUUGGCAGGGCUGAGAGCAUGCUGUUGAGUUCAUGAUGUCAAGGUGAGCACCAGCGGUUUCCCAAGCUGUGGAGUCACAUUGUAAUUAUGCUUCAAAAUAUCCUCUGUGUCUGCAGAGUGAUGGAUCUCUUAUACAAGUCCACGCUGUUAAAAAACGUGCCCUGAUGAAGAUGGCCUUGUCAGAGAGCCUACUGCUUUUAAUCUUGGUAUUCAAGAUUGAUAGUUUUGAAUUCUCAGAUCUCUAGAUUUACUAGAUUUUUUUUUAUUUUCUCUAGAAGAUAUUGUUGCAAUUUGCACAGCGAUGGCACAGGAUGUAAUCCAGCAGGUUCUUUCCAAACUGUUUACAAGCUGGUGGGCCUGUUUUCCUUCUAAUAAGGUUAUUAUUAGGCCUGGAUGCUGCCUCCUGAGAAGUUUCUUAUUUUUUUAAUAUAUUUUAUUAUAUUUAAAAGGACAUUUUUCCAUGAGAAAUACUUCUUUUUGAGUGAUAAAUUAGAUUUACAAAUCAAACGCACUGGUUCCCUUCACCUGUCUAUAAUAUCUUCAGUGCCCAGUGUCCAGCCCUUGGAUAGCCAUAUGCAUUUGGAAGCAAACACAUACGUCAUCUGAAAGAGUCUGCACCCAAAGCCUCCGUGCUCCUCGUCUGCACCAUGCCACUGUGCCGUGUCAUCGUCCGCUUUUCUGGUGUUCAUGUGCUCCAGAGCCACUCGUGCGUACAGGCAUGGAGGACCUGGAUACCGUCUGCUCAUCUGGUGUCAAGCUUUGAACAUCACUGUGCUGACCCUACCUCACACUUGCCAAGACUUGGUGUCACAAGCGUGCCUUGCUGCCCGGCCUGCAACGCGGCCAUGGAGCAGAUAUGCUGGGCCCACUUCAGGACUCGGGACUGGUCAAAUGCCUAUGCACAGAAAGCAUGUCCCAGAUAUGCUGUUGGGGCAGCCUCUGGUCACGGGACAUGCUCCUGACUUAGGAAACAGCUCUGAGGCAUGUGUGCCCUGUAAUGAGGUGGACUACUGAUGUUGAACAGGGAUCUCACAGAGGAGGUGGAGGAUUGGAACAGGAGGCCAGUCUCCACAAAGCCAACCCUCACUGUGUGAGAUGACGUCAUUAGUGACCUGUCAACACAGGUCUGUAAAGGGAAAACUGGAACAUCUUUGAGGGUGGACAUAACCAAACUGACCUAAUGAAAACCUGGAGGGCAAAGCAUCCUUCCAGGCUUUGUGGGUUCCUGACAUGUAGUUAACCUCUGUUCAGAGAAAUUUAUAGAUACAAAUAACUAAGUUCUGAAGGUCUGCAAUACGCUCUUCUUUUUAAGAUUUAAAAUUCUUCAGGAAGACCAGUGAUAUGAUCCAGCAGGUCAAGGCACCCGCUGCCAAGCCUGACAACUGAGUUCAGUCCCUGGGAACCACAUGGUGGAAGAGAGAACUGACUCCCACAUGUACCGUGACAUGCAUGUAUUCCCCCUGCACACACAUGUAGUUACACAGUAAGUUAAGUAAAUAAGUGUAACUUAAAAUUUUAAACUCUAUGGGAUUGUCAAUAGGCUAUGAAGUACUAGUAAUUGAUAAAGGCUUUUCAAAGAAUUGUGCUCUGUGUUCUAUUAUUUACACUUGACCUGUGCAUGUUACAGAAAUGCUGAAAACUUCAGAAAUAGUAAAUAAAGUAUUUUCCCUGG